AUGGUCGUGAAGUCUAGUAAGUCUGGCCCGACUCCUACCAGUGAGGAGGAAGGCGAGACCAAAGAUGCUCGGAGGUAUUUCAAAGAGGGUCAGAAGCAUGUGACUCCGCCGAAGGGUGAUUCGACCCGAGGGUUCUAUGAGUCUUUACUUGAGGAGAAACCUGAUAGUGUUAUGGCUACACGAUACUGUGUGGAAUACGGCAUAUUCGCAGGAGAGAAGCAUCGGAAGCUCCUGGCUCAAUACAACGACCUGAAGGCUAGUGGCGAUUUGAAUCCCAAUAAGCGAGCACUGGAUCGCGUUGCUGAGAAGUUUGGCAUCGCCAGUGAGGAGAGUUCUGCUCCGAGUGCUAAGCGAAGGAAGACGACGAAGGACGAGAAGAGCAAGAAGAAAUCGUCGUCAAGUAAAGUUAAGAAAGAGAAGAAGAGUAAAUCUAAAUAA